GUCAAACACAAACAUCAACGGUCGCAUUUAACAGCCAAACGAGAAAGGUGAUUUGAUAUUAGAAGGUGUUCUUGUCCGUUCACGUUUCCAAAACAAUCAAACGUGAACCAUUCCACCCGCCAGCAUGUCCUCCUCCUACCCCGUGGUCGACAUCCACACCCACAUGUACCCCCCUUCAUAUAUCAAACUCCUAUCCUCACGCACGAGUGUACCCUACAUUCAUCAACCUUCAGAACCCAAUGCAGAUCCGCGACUCAUAAUCCUCGCCUCCGACGACGACUCUUCCCGUCCAAAAUCUUCCCGCGGCCGGCCUGUGGACAGCACAUACUCCUCCUUCGACUCGAAGCGUCACUUCAUGAGCACGCACGGCAUCACAUGCAGCGUAAUCAGCCUUGCCAACCCGUGGCUGGACUUCCUUGAGCCCUCUUCCGCCCUGUCCGCGGCCCAAGAAAUCAACAACGACCUUGAAAAUGCCUGUGCCAAGAACAACUCCUCCUCCGUCCAUGCUGGCCUGAAACUCUAUGCCUUCGGUUGUCUCCCUCUAUCCGCCCCGGCAAAGGAUAUCGUCAGUGAAAUCCAGCGUCUGAAAUCACUCACGCACGUCAAGGGCGUGAUCAUGGGCACCACUGGCCUGGGGAAUGGUCUAGACGAUCCUGCCUUGGACGAAAUCUACGACGCGUUGGCGAGCACGUCUACGCUUGUCUUCCUGCACCCGCACUACGGCCUGCCGGAUUCCGCGUUCGGUGGACCCGAGGUCAUUGCGAAGUCAGGCCACGUCCUACCUCUGGCUUUAGGAUUCCCGCUAGAAACGACGAUUGCUGUGUCGAGAAUGUACUUAGCUGGCGUAUUUGACAGGCAUCCGAAGCUGGAAUUCCUGCUCGCGCAUUCAGGUGGUACACUGCCGUUCCUCGCGGGACGGAUAGAAUCCUGCGUGGCACACGAGCGGGAGUUUAUCGUGAACGGCGGGCAGAAGCAAGGCCCGCAGCGGUCGAUAUGGGAUGUCUUGCAUUCCAACAUUUACCUCGAUGCUGUGAUAUACGGACAGCCUGGCCUAAAAGCUGCCAUUGAAGCUGCUGGUAGUGUGGACCGAGUCAUGUUCGGAACAGACCACCCUUUCUUCCCGCCUCUAGGCGAUGAGAAGGACAGCAAGUGGUUGAGUGUGGAGAGCAACAAAGCCGCUAUCGAUGGAUGUCUCCCGAAAGAUGAAGCGGCCAGGAGGCAAAUAUUGGGAGGAAACGCAGUCAGAGUACUGGGCCUGAGAUUAUGACCUGAGUGCACUGAUAGGUGUAUGUAAAAGGACUGCCUGCCAGGGUAC